AUGGAGUACAACGAAUACGAACAGGAUCCUCCUACGUAUAUUGAAGAUGAUGACGAUGAGGAAAUUACCCAGGAGGACGCAUGGGCCGUUAUAUCUGCUUACUUCGAAGAGAAAGGUCUCGUUCGUCAGCAGCUCGAUUCGUUCGACGAGUUUAUUCAGAAUACUAUGCAAGAAAUCGUCGAUGAGUCUGCUGAUAUCGAGAUCCGACCUGAAUCCCAGCAUAAUCCUGGCCACCAGUCAGAUUUUGCCGAGACAAUCUACAAGAUCAGUUUUGGACAGAUCUAUCUGAGUAAACCCAUGAUGACGGAAUCUGAUGGAGAGACUGCCACCUUGUUCCCUAAGGCUGCAAGGUUGAGAAACCUCACGUACUCGGCUCCUUUGUAUGUCGAUGUUACUAAGAGAGUUAUAAAGAAAGGGCAUGAUGGUGAGGAAGUUACGGAGACUCAGGAUUUUACCAAAGUUUUCAUUGGAAAGGUUCCCAUCAUGCUCCGGUCUAGUUACUGCACCUUGUUUCAGAACUCGGAGAAAGAUUUGACAGAGCUUGGAGAGUGUCCUUAUGAUCAGGGCGGAUACUUCAUUAUUAAUGGCAGUGAAAAGGUCCUGAUUGCUCAGGAGAAGAUGAGUACGAACCAUGUUUAUGUUUUCAAGAAGAGACAGCCAAAUAAGUAUGCAUAUGUUGGCGAAGUCCGGUCCAUGGCUGAGAACCAAAAUAGGCCUCCAAGCACGAUGUUUGUGCGCAUGCUUGCUCGUGCUAGUGCGAAAGGGGGUUCAUCUGGACAGUAUAUUCGGUGUACUCUACCAUACAUCAGAACAGAAAUUCCUAUUAUCAUAGUGUUUCGUGCGUUAGGAUUUGUUGCCGAUAAGGACAUAUUGGAACACAUUUGCUAUGAUUUUGCCGAUACUCAGAUGAUGGAGUUGCUCAGGCCUUCCUUAGAAGAAGCUUUCGUUAUUCAAAAUCAGCAGGUUGCACUUGACUAUAUUGGGAAACGUGGUGCAACUGUUGGUGUAACCAAGGAAAAGAGGAUAAAGUAUGCGAAAGAUAUCCUUCAGAAAGAAAUGCUUCCUCAUGUAGGAAUUGGAGAGUUUUGUGAGACGAAGAAAGCUUACUAUUUCGGGUAUAUCAUACAUCGGCUGCUGCUUUGUGCACUUGGCCGAAGGCCAGAAGAUGACAGGGAUCAUUAUGGUAACAAAAGGCUGGACCUUGCUGGUCCUUUACUUGGAGGGCUAUUUAGAAUGUGCGUUGACAAUGGCAAAGAAGUGAAUCUUCAAUUUGCCAUUAAGGCUAAAACAAUUACCUCUGGCCUGAAAUAUUCUCUUGCUACUGGGAACUGGGGGCAGGCAAACGCAGCUGGCACAAGAGCUGGAGUUUCUCAGGUUUUAAAUCGGUUAACAUAUGCUUCCACUUUGUCACAUCUGAGGCGUCUCAAUUCUCCUAUAGGGCGUGAAGGAAAAUUGGCAAAACCAAGACAACUGCACAACUCACAAUGGGGAAUGAUGUGCCCUGCUGAAACACCUGAAGGACAGGCUUGUGGUCUAGUGAAAAACUUGGCGCUCAUGGUCUACAUAACAGUUGGGUCAGCUGCUUAUCCCAUACUGGAAUUUUUGGAAGAAUGGGGUACUGAGAACUUUGAGGAAAUCUCUCCAUCUGUUAUACCCCAAGCCACAAAAAUCUUUGUCAAUGGAAUGUGGGUUGGAGUUCAUCGAGAUCCUGACAUGUUAGUGAAAACGUUGAGACGUCUAAGAAGAAGGGUUGAUGUUAACACUGAAGUUGGCGUUGUUAGAGAUAUCCGUCUAAAAGAGCUCCGGAUAUAUACUGAUUAUGGUCGUUGUAGCCGUCCGUUGUUUAUUGUGGAUAACCAGAGGCUCUUAAUAAAGAAGAGAGAUAUCUAUGCUCUGCAACAAAGGGAAAGUGCAGAAGAAGAUGGUUGGCAUCAUCUAGUUGCAAAGGGUUUUAUAGAAUACAUAGACACAGAGGAAGAGGAGACGACUAUGAUAUCCAUGACUAUCAAUGAUCUGGUUCAAGCUAGACUCCGUCCCGACGAGGCAUAUUCUGAAACUUAUACACAUUGUGAAAUUCACCCGUCUUUAAUAUUGGGUGUAUGUGCUUCGAUCAUACCAUUUCCCGACCACAAUCAGUCACCUCGUAAUACAUAUCAAUCUGCUAUGGGGAAGCAAGCAAUGGGAAUUUAUGUCACCAAUUACCAAUUUCGCAUGGAUACCUUGGCCUAUGUUCUGUAUUACCCUCAAAAGCCUCUGGUUACCACAAGAGCUAUGGAGCAUCUUCACUUUAGGCAACUUCCAGCAGGAAUUAAUGCUAUUGUUGCCAUUUCUUGCUAUUCGGGAUACAAUCAGGAAGAUUCCGUCAUCAUGAAUCAGUCUUCUAUAGAUCGUGGUUUCUUUCGGUCCUUGUUCUUUCGAUCUUACAGAGACGAAGAGAAAAAGAUGGGGACGCUUGUCAAAGAAGACUUUGGGCGGCCGGACAGAGCAAGUACAAUGGGUAUGCGUCAUGGAUCUUAUGAAAAAUUGGACGAUGAUGGUCUUGCACCUCCUGGUACUAGAGUUUCAGGUGAAGAUGUAAUCAUUGGGAAAACCACUCCAAUAUCUCAAGAUGAGGCUCAGGGACAAUCAUCACGAUACACUAGACGUGAUCAUAGUAUAAGCUUGCGACAUAGUGAAACUGGAAUGGUGGAUCAGGUGUUGCUGACCACAAACGCUGAUGGUUUGAGGUUUGUGAAAGUGAGGGUUAGAUCCGUUCGUAUUCCUCAAAUUGGAGACAAAUUUAGUAGUAGACAUGGUCAGAAGGGAACUGUUGGCAUGACGUACACACAGGAGGACAUGCCUUGGACAAUUGAAGGCGUCACUCCCGAUAUCAUUGUGAAUCCACAUGCUAUUCCGUCUCGGAUGACAAUUGGUCAGCUAAUUGAGUGCAUCAUGGGAAAAGUGGCAGCUCACAUGGGAAAAGAAGGAGACGCGACUCCUUUCACAGAUGUCACGGUGGAUAAUAUAAGCAAGGCUCUGCAUAAGUGCGGGUACCAAAUGCGUGGAUUUGAGAGAAUGUACAAUGGUCACACGGGCAGACCACUUACAGCUAUGAUAUUCCUUGGGCCAACGUAUUACCAGAGACUGAAGCAUAUGGUCGACGACAAGAUCCACUCGCGUGGACGAGGUCCUGUGCAGAUCUUAACAAGACAACCGGCUGAAGGGCGAUCCCGUGAUGGUGGUCUCCGUUUUGGAGAGAUGGAACGUGAUUGCAUGAUUGCGCAUGGUGCUGCCAACUUUUUGAAGGAGAGGCUCUUUGAUCAGAGCGAUGCCUACAGGGUGCAUGUCUGUGAAACCUGUGGGCUCAUCGCCAUUGCAAACCUGAAGAAGAAUUCAUUCGAGUGCAGAGGUUGCAAGAACAAAACAGAUAUUGUUCAGGUUCACAUUCCAUAUGCUUGCAAGUUGCUCUUUCAGGAGCUUAUGUCAAUGGCUAUUGCGCCACGGAUGCUCACCAAAGACAUGAAUACUAAAGGCAGAAAGUGA